CUCUUUACCAGUUCCCCACCCCCUUCGGGAACCCGAGAUGUGCUCUGCUGAUCCCUGUGGCUUGACGUCAACUUCCAAGCCACCCGGACUUUCAGCAGACCCCAGCUGUCUCCGUAUCAAAGAGGUAGGCUACGAUUAGCGGCGGCAAGACAUGGCCCUCUAACAAGAGAGACGCAAAACUUACGAAGCCAAAAAUCAGGGUUCUGGGGGACCUAAAUUGCUCUUGAAGGGCGAGACAAGUUACCUGAUCGAGAUCAUUGGUGACGUAUUAUCCCCAAAUAUGACACAUCCAACCUAAGGUACCUGUCAGUUCAACAUCAAACUUGGACGGUCCUUCAGGAUCAUAUUUUAUGUAAAUACGGCGGCCCGACAAUGUUGUAGUUACAUAGUUUUCUUAUAUAUUAUCCCAAUAUACUUAUCGUAAUUUCCAACUCUUUAUCAAUUAAUAAUUUUUCCACCCGAAACUCUUAGGAAUAUCUACUACGACCUAAAAGAACACUCCAUCUAGACCUACAGAUACCCGCACCAAAAUGUCGUCUCCUACUCCCUCCGGAUCUGGAUCUAGGUCCCGACAGGGCCGUCGUCGCAGCCGCAACCAAUCGCGACGACAACAACAACCCACUGCAGCGCAACCUGAGCCGCAGGACCAAUAUUCGGACGACGACAGCGCCGAAGACGUCGAGGCAGCACCGCAACCACAGUCCCAGCGACGCCGACGCCAGCGUACCCAGCAACCACAGCAACCACAACAACAACAACAGGGUGGACCACUUGGUGGCAUCGGCGGCGUCGAUCAGAUGCUUCCCGUCGGUAAUGUUGGAGAGACGGCCAACAAUUUGACCAACACCGCGACUGGGACACUGGGUAAUGUAGCUGGUGGUGUACUCAACCAGGGUGGUGGUGGUGGCGGUGAUGACAGCAAGUCUGAUACUUUACGUCUCAGACUCGACCUCAACCUCGAAGUUGAAGUCACUUUGAAAGCCAGGAUCCAUGGUGAUCUGACAUUGGCUCUCUUGUGAGUAACCCUAUUUUCCUGCACCCCUAACCUCAUGCCCUUCUUCACCACCAUGUAUCAUUUAGAAACGUGUAUUCCAAUAUCUUUUUAUUAUGUUAUCUUCUGCUACUCCCCCGCAUCACAGAUGAUACCCUUCUUGUUCUAUAUGCAGUUAUUCUGAUGCGCUUUUAAAGGGACACUGCUUGAGCAUGACGAAAGAAAAGUUUCGUGUUUUGGAAUUUUGGGAUAGAAUACGGGAAAUAAUGUCACACAUACCUAGAAUACCCGGGGAUGACUUACGCGCACAUGUACACUUGCACUUACAUCAAUCAUUUAUCUCUUUGAUUUGUACGCAAUUCGAGAUUGUCAGUAUUCUGGUCGCCAGAACUCGCUAAUAUAUGUAGUAAUUCUUAAAGAUCAAUGUGAUCGUCAAUGAACUUUCCAUUGCCAUCCUUUUUCUUCAAUGUGGUGUCGGCCACUUUGGAGUCUGGUGGAAGUGAUCGUUUUCAAAGAGGACCGUUUUCAUUCAUAGAGGGGUAUAAUUUUUCCUGCUCUUCGACAUGGCCUGGUGCAAGUUUUAUUUGACAUAUUCUUGUGAUUCUAUUGUUAAUACCUACAUUCUUCUUACAUCGUAUCUAUUUAGUCAAAUAUAUUUUCUUUACCAUCCACUA